AUAUUGUUUAACAUAUUGUUGCUUUUAGGGAAAAAUUAAUACUUUAUUUUUUGUCACAGUACUUCAAUCUUUUUAAGUGUACUAUAUGAAUUACAUUUUGUCAAUUAACUGUUUUCAUAAAUAAAAUGAUUCGUCAAGCACAUGUCGUGCGACCACAUUGUUUUGAUGAUUAUUUUUUGAAUUUGCUAAAAAAUAUCUACAUAAAUCGAAACAUAUCUGUCGAAGAAGCCACACGAUGGAUAAGUUCUCCUCCAACGAAUACUUAUUUCCGUGUCAACACCCUUGUAACGACGCCGUCUGAUGUUGUGUCUUCCAUUAAUGAACAGUUAUUAAAACUCAAACGUGUUAAAUGCGAUGAAGACAAGCCGCUGAUCAAAAUACAUAAAGAUUUAGAUGAUUGUAUAGUAAUUUCACCAUUAAAGCAAUCUCUGCUUGAUUGUAAUCCGAAAAAUGAAGAAAUUAUUGUUGACAUUGUGACGGGUCAAUCUGUUUUACGCGGUUCUCAUGUAUUCGCACCUGGCGUUAUGGGAAUGACCCCUGAUAUCAAAAUAGAUUCAACUAUAUCAGUAUAUGCAGACUUAGCUAAGAAGUGUAAACGAGGUUAUCAAAAACAUUAUGACAAUCCAUUGAAAAUGUAUGUCGGUAACGGCAUAAUGAAGAUGGAUCGUAAGCAGCUAUUUGGCGGCGACAUGAACCCAAAAGGUAUUGCCGUAGAAGUUACUGACUCUAUAUCAGGCAUACCUGGAUUUACACUGCCAGCUACUGACGGAUUGUUGCAGAAUUUUCCAUCGAUCGUGGCUAGUUAUGCAUUAGAUUUAAAUGGCAAUGAUAAUCUUAAAGUUUUAGAUAUGUGUGCGGCACCUGGUAAUAAAACAUCACAUAUUGCUACGUUAAUGAAAAACCAAGGUUGUAUAGAUGCUGUUGAUAAAUCAAAAACCAAGUUAAAAAAAAUUCAUAAAAAAUGUGAAGAGUUCGGUUUAGAAAAUGUGAGAGUUCAUCACUUUGAUUCGUUAAUUCUUGUUGAUGUAAAUAAAAGAAAUAGUUCUACCAAUAAACCGCCAUUUCAAAGUGAGUCUUUUGAUCGUGUCCUUUUGGACGCGCCUUGUAGCAAUCUCGGGCAACGUCCAUUGUUAAAAAUUGAAACUAAUGAAAAUUUAGUGAAAAGUUUUCACGUUUUGCAAAGAAAACUGUUUGGAAAUGCCGUUGAAUUAUUGAAGCCAGGUGGAAUCCUCGUUUAUAGUACUUGCACUAUUACGCCGGAAGAAAAUGAACAGAAUGUAGCUUGGGCUUUGGAAAAAUUUGCACAAUUAGAACUAGUUGCAAUCAAUCCCGUAGCCGGUGCUCCUGGAUUACCUAAUUUUGGAUUGAGCGACAUGAACUGUGAACUUGUGCAACGAUUUGGACCUGAUAAUGUUGAAAACGAUUCUAUUGGAUUUUUUAUAGCAAAAUUUCGAAAAAAAUAAUCGAGUACAACAAUAUAUUUUUAAAUUAAUAGUUUGUUUCGUUGUUUAUUUAUUCAUAUAAAUAUUUUUUUUUUACGCCAUAGAAAUAAAUAAAUUAUGUCGGCUAUUUAGCUAAA